ACACAGGGUCAUUUUCAACAUUCUUGCCACUUUCUGCAAGCGGUGUUUCUUUAGUUGUCUUACUGCCUCAGACAGAUGGUCUGUUGCUGACCUUUGGGGCCCUAGAAGACUUUUGGCCUCUUGGACCAGUGACGGCUAACUGCCCUAAUCAAUACUGUUGAUCAAUACUCUUAGCCCCCGCCAGGGUUCCUAUUUGGAGCAUCUUCUCACCCAGUCCUUUCUGGCCCCUGACCAGGUCCUGGCCGUGUCCUCGCCUGUCCCCAGCUCCCAAACAAGAGUUGACGCUUUAGUAAAAGUUGAUCCAGUUGAUUAGCAGAUGAGCAUCCUGUAGGGACCAUUGCACUGAGCCACAAACCAGGGUCUCCGAUUCGAGGUGGUUCCUUCCAGAUUUAAGGAGACGCUAGAAAAAGACUCGUUCCCCACCCCUUACGCAUACGCCAUCGAGACAGCCAAGCAGAAGGCCCUGGAGGUGGCUCACAGGAUGCACGUGAAGGACUUGCGCACCCCCGAUGUGGUCAUCGGCGCGGACACGAUCGUGACGGUGGGGGGCCUGAUCCUGGAGAAGCCGGUGGACAAGCAGGAUGCCUACCGCAUGCUCUCAAGGUUAAACGGGAAGGAACACAGCGUGUUUACAGGUGUUGCGAUUGUCCACUGCUCCAGCGCAGGUGAUUGGUUGGAAACCAAAGUCUUGGAAUUUCACGAGGAAACCAAAGUGAAGUUCUCGGAGCUGUCUGAGGAGCUGAUAUGGGAGUACAUCCACAGUGGGGAGCCCAUGGACAAGGCAGGUGGCUACGGCAUCCAGGCGCUGGGCGGCAUGUUGGUGGAGCGUGUCAGCGGGGACUUCCUCAACGUGGCGGGCUUCCCGUUGAACCACUUCUGCAAGAAGCUGGCCGAGCUGUACUGCCCGCUGCCCCACGAGGCCGUGCGGCGCGUCGAGCACGACUCCAUCCCGUCCGUUGACACCUUCGAGGACCUGAGUAAUGAGGAGGGCAGUGGCCAGGGGAAGGCGGGCGGCGACCGGACAGAGGCCGCCUGCAACAGCACAGUGGAGACCUCGCCCCCGUUUCCCACAGAACUUCUGGACCUCAUCAAGGGCUUCAGACGUUCCAAGGUCCUGUUCACGGCCUGCAAGCUGAAGGUGUUUGACACCCUAAAGAACGGAGCUGUCCUGACGGCUGAGGAUGUCGCCAGCAAAAUCAAUGCCUCGGUGUGUGGAACGGAGCAGCUACUGGACGCCUGCGCUGCACUGGGGCUUCUGGAGAGAACGGAGCGAGGUUAUGGCAACACAGAGUUGGCGAGCCUGUACCUGGUGUCGGAGGGCGAGCACUCUCUGCAUGGCUUUGUCACGCAUUACAAUGACCACAUAUGGGACCUCUUCACGCACCUGGAAUCCGCCGUCCAAGAGGGCACAAACCAGUUCCACCGAGUUUCCAGGAGGAGGGCGGACGACUCAUUCAAGGACUCCUUCUACCCAAGCAAGGAGGCACAGCUGCAGUUCACGCGUGCCAUGCACGACCUCACCAAGCUGGGUGCACACGCCGUGGCCACGGCCUUCGACCUGUCCGGCUUCACCUCCGCCUGUGACCUGGGAGGCUGCACGGGGGCCCUGGCCCACAGGCUUGUCCAGGAGUACCCGCACCUAAAGGUGACCGUGUUCGACCUCCCAGAGAUCAUCGAGCUCGCCCCGAGCUUCCAACCUGUCGGACAACAGGCAGCUCGGAUCAGCUUCAUGCCAGGUGACUUUUUCAAAGACAGGCUCCCUGAAGCGGAACUGUAUAUUCUUUCUGGAAUUAUCCACGACUGGCCCGAUGACAAAGUGCAUCAGUUACUGAGCAAAGUCUCCGAGUGCUGCAAGCCAGGCGGUGGGCUCCUGGUGGCAGAAGCCCUCCUGGACGAGGAGCAGCGGACCUUGAGGGGCGCCUGGGUGCAGUCGCUGAACGUGCUGCUGCAGACCCCAGGCUGCGGGCGCAGUGGGGAGGAAUACAGGCGCCUGCUGAUGGCACACGGCUUCCAGGACGUGCGCGUGGUGCACACGGGGGGCCUGCUGGACGCCGUCCUCGCCACGCGGUGAAGACCGGGCCUGGCCACAAAGACGCAGCGAAGAUGGGGUCCUCGCCACCUGGUGACCGCGCACUCACGCACAUUGAGCCCGACGUGCCUGGGUGCAUCCGCACAGACCAGCGCUCAGGGUAAUCGCUGUCCCCAAAGCGUGUGGUUACAUCAAUGUCUACACACCUGAGCUGCAGUGGGACGUGCUGGCCACACAGAACUGAGUAAAAGGCAAAAACACUCUG